UCCACGCUCCCCGAGUCAAGUCCCAUCGCCGCGGCGCCUGUUCCUGCUCCCUCCUGCCGCAACGUGCUGCUCUCUCCCCCAAAAAUGCAGCGGCACCCCGCUCCCAGCCCCCGCUCGCCCGCCGCGCCCUCCGCUCCCCCGCCCCUUUAUCAGCGACCUCACCUCACCACUCCCCCCGCAUCCGCUCUAGACCUCUGUGUUUUCGUUGCCUUGCUCUAGACCACCUAGUCCAAGCUUGUCAUGAUCCCAUCCGCUGCUCUCGUUGUGGUGGUUCUGGCCAUCGCAGCUACCAGUGCACCUCCAACCUUCCCUAGCCCUCCAACGCCUUCGUCUCCUCCACCGAAACCCUCCCAUGGCUGACGACAACCCAAACAUCCUCGUCAUCGGCUCCCACCGCCUCACCCUGCUACAACCCCUCACCACCUCGCCGCGUUCGCCUCGCUCUGCCUCGUCGGACGAUGACUCCGCUCCCCCGUCCCAGCGUGGAUCCCCGCGCCCCAGCUACGUCUUUGCCGCUGGCAGGGAUGGCACGGUGCCGGAUGCGGCCUCCGGCAUCCGCGGGCCAGUCCGCCCGCCAUCAUCUGCUUCGUCCUCGGCCUCCUCUCCUGGCCGCGCGCACUCUACGUAUCCGGACAUCUUCAUCCCCUCCGGCCUCCUCCACGACGUUGGGCAUUUCUGCUUCGCCCACCUUGACCACGUCAUGGCGGAGCCGUACGACCUCAUUCACCACGCCGUCGAGCUCUACGCCGGCGUUACAUCCUUCUACUUCGCGUCCACGACGGGGUGUGCGGCCCUUCUCGUCUCCGACUCCCACGAGGACCGUGAGAUGACCAUGAUCACUUCACCGCCAAGUUCGCCGGCGUCACCAUCACUCUCCUCCGUCCGGAGGAGACCGACAAUCGGGCCACCACGCGCUACGACCACUUGGUGGAGAUCGAGGCCAAGAACUACCCGCUCGAGCUGUGGCACCCCCAAGGCGCCAACUUCGUGUUCGACCACUUUGGGGUGCUCUGCUGUGUUGACAACCGCUGCCUCAACGCCGGCGACUUCACGGCAAUGCGCACCUUUCUCCGCGUUGAGAGUGACCAUGUCACCCCGGAUGGGUGCAUCCUUCGCCUUCCGCCAGCCCAAAUCGUUGACGUCAAGCUCCGUGUCGUCAAGACUUGGGCCGUUUUUGAGGACCUCACCAUCCCCCUCGACCAUGACGUGGACGACAACGACAGUGAAGCUCAUGUCCACGGUGCCUGGCGGUGGAACUGCAGCAAUGUUGGGCCUUGCUCUGGCCCACACGCUGCAGAUUCCAUGCAGCCACAAACGCCAACUGCUGGGCCGUCCUCGCCUCCUCAAGCUCAAGCCACGCAAGCCCCUCGCGACUUUCGCCAACCUCUCGUCGGCGGUCCUCUGUUGCCACCAGCUGCGGCCCCUGUUGAUGCGCUCGUGCUGUUCGAUGGCAGUGAGGGCAUUAAGGGCGCCGCCCAAGGCUCUGACCUCUCCGGCACCUUCACGCCAUCGGUCGAUGUCCCCAACUCUUUCUCCGCGCUCGACUUAGAUGGUGGUGAUACCUCACUUCUCUCGGUCAAGGAUUCUACCUCGCUUGGGUCUGAAGCGCAUGAGGCCACGAUGUGUCGUAAAAUGGCUGCUAAUAAGAGGGCCACCGACGCUGUCAAGCUCCGCCGCAGUCGUCGCCUCACUGACAAAGGGGAUGGUCAGUUCGUGGACAUGACCACGAAGGCCAUGCGUGUCAAGGCCCGUCGCUUCGACCUGCAGCACGCCUCUCACGACCUCGUCGAAGCCCUGGAUUCCUCUGGACUCACCAGCUCCCCAGAGGAUCCGGUGCUGGACUCCGAUGCCCUUGCUCUCAUUGCCAAGCUCUGUGGCGCUGAACCGGUGGAGGUUCAGGAGGUGUCCUCGCCGGCGCCGUGAUCAACAAUCUCCUGCCUUGGACGACGGCUCCUCGCCAUGGCCGCUCUGUCCUUACUUGUUAUGGAUGUACCUGCCCAUCUGGCAAUGGUUUAAUUCCUAGUUUCCCGUUCCUUAGCUUAAGCCCGUGGUCGCCGUGCUGUUCCGGCGAGUUGGUCUUCGACCCUUUUGUAACGUGUUUUGUAACACGUGUGUGCUCCCAGGACUGUCUGCUUUGUCCCUCUAGUGAACUUGCCUUUGCUUC